AUGCUAGGGUCAAGAUUAGAUGGCCAACCACUUCGUAUCUUCGCCGAUGCGGGAGACUUGUGCCACACGGUCCUCAACGUUAUAUCGCGUUAUACUUCACCUGACUUUCAACACGAGCCCUGGGCAAUACGCAUUAAGCGCUAUAGUCCUAGUCGCCAAAGUGGCCCCGACAAUCAGGAUGUGCCCGAAGUCCCGCCUCAGGCUCUACAUCACAGUAUGACGGCAACUGGCUCGAGGCUAGAAGUCGAGAUAGCUCUUGAGCUUGGCGAUGUACCUGGACAGACUGCCCGAAACUUGCGGCUCAUGAGAGAUUAUAUACGCAUAUUCUACGAGUGCGUUGUGGACAUCGGAUGGUCGUACGAUUUUGGCUACGACCCCGUCAAUAUCACAAUCCGGCCCAAGCUGACAGCAGACAUGAGUGAGAAAACAAUCAGCGAUGAGUAUCGACUCCACUUCGAGCAAUACCAAAAGGAGUUUGGGCUUGGUAAGAGGUGGACUUGUCAGUUCGGUAAGGGCAUGACGGAGAGGGAGUGGCAACGCAACUGGGAGGAAGGCAAGCACUUUGGAAAGUUAAAGCAGAUCUAG